UGAGAAUGUGAAGCUCUUGCGACCGACCCUCGUGUUCUAGAUGGUCUCUUCGCAGCAAAGCUCGAGCAGCGAAGAAGACGAAGAUGGGAGGAUUGCUCCUGACUCUGAUGGUGCUGUUGGCGAUGGCUGCAGUUCGCACUGGAGCUCAAAACAGCAGCGUCGAGCUAGCGAUGGGAGAUUUGCUGGGGACUUUUAUCGGAGCUUCUUCGUCUCUAAACGUAUGGAAUCCAAAUGUGGAGAUGACGAACGAGUACAGUGCCUCGCAAAUCACUUUGGUCUCCAGCAACCUGACAAACCUCAUUGAAAUUGGCUGGCACGCAAGUACCUUUGCUUCUUUGGUAAAGUUCCUCUCUUUUCUCUUUUACCAGGUCUAUCCUCUACUGUACGAGGACAAUGAAACUCAUCUCUUUGUUCGCUGGACGAUACUCGAUGAAAGCGGCCGGAUUGGAUGCUUCAACACCAAUUGCCAGGGAUUUAUCCAAACCUCUACCAACAUAAUUGUGGGACUCACACUGGACAACAUGGUCUCGGAUUUAAAUGGAACGCAGUACACUACGGCUCUGGCUGUUCUCAAGGAUGGUCAAGGAGACUGGUGGGUCUACAACGAUAACGAGAAAGUUGGAUACUUCCCUUUCGGCCUGUUACCCGAGAUGGACAGCGGAGGAGCCGCUAUCGUCUCUUUCGGUGGCCGAGUCUUAAACAAGUGGAACGAGAACCGCCACACGUACACCGAGAUGGGCAGUGGCUUCUUCCCUCUCGCAGGCUACGGCUUUUCUGCUUUCCAAGUCGAUCUCGUCGUCACAGAUGCUGACAACGUAACAACGAAACUGGUUGGCGAGCAUCUCAUACAGCUUACCUUUGACAACGUUGGCGAUUGCUACUAUACGUACGUCGAGCAGCGGACUGGAAGGCUUUACUUUGGUGGCACCGGGUACAAUCCCAGAUGCCAGACGACCACUUGAUAGAUCUUUGUAAGAAUCCUUCGCUUAAGGUACCCUCCCUCUAUGGAGUUUUUCUC